AUGCGGCCGGAGGUCGCGCUGGGAUUUACUGUGCUGCUGAGCGUCGCCUGGAGCCCGGGCCAAGGGGGUGCCGCCGCCGAAGGAGGCAGCUUGGAAGGGGACCCUCCUGCCGCCGCCGCCGCCGCCCUGGUCGUCCCCGCCGCGAAGGAAGCCGCCAGCAGCAGCAGCAGCAGCAGGGCCAGCCGGGCCAAGAGGCGAGGGCAGGCGAGCGGCCCGGUGGGCCACGAUGCGCUCAAAGGACCCAACGUAUGUGGAUCACGUUACAAUGCCUAUUGCUGUCCUGGAUGGAAAACCCUACCUGGUGGAAAUCAAUGCAUAGUCCCAAUUUGUAGACAUUCUUGUGGAGAUGGAUUUUGCUCGAGACCAAACAUGUGCUCUUGUCCCAAUGGCCAGAUCGCCCCUUCCUGUGGCUCAAAAUCAGUGCAACACUGCAACAUCCGGUGUAUGAAUGGGGGCACAUGCAGUGAAGACCAUUGUUUCUGUCAGAAGGGAUACACGGGAACACAUUGUGGACAGCCUGUCUGUGAAAGUGGAUGCCUUAAUGGAGGGAGAUGUGUUGCUCCAAACAGAUGUGCCUGUACAUAUGGCUUUACUGGACCUCAGUGUGAAAGAGACUAUAGGACCGGACCGUGUUUCACGUUGGUGACCAACCAGAUGUGCCAGGGGCAGCUCAGCGGGAUAGUCUGCACAAAAACCCUCUGCUGCGCAACCGUCGGGAGAGCUUGGGGCCACCCCUGCGAAAUGUGUCCAGCCCAGCCUCAUCCGUGCCGUCGGGGCUUUAUUCCAAACAUACGAACGGGAGCCUGUCAAGAUGUGGAUGAAUGCCAAGCUAUCCCCGGGAUCUGUCAGGGGGGAAAUUGCAUUAAUACUGUUGGAUCUUUUGAAUGCAAAUGCCCAGCUGGACACAAGUUUAAUGAAGCAACACAAAAAUGUGAUGAUAUUGAUGAAUGCAGUACCAUUCCUGGAAUCUGUGAUGGGGGAGAGUGUUCCAACACAGUUAGCAGUUACUUUUGCAAAUGUCCUUCUGGAUAUUACACAUCUCCAGAUGGUUCCAGAUGUAUAGAUGUGCGUCCUGGAUACUGCUUUUCUACCCUCACCAAUGGCCGCUGUGGCAACCAGCUCCAGCAGGUGCUAACAAAGAUACAGUGCUGUUGCGACUCCGGACGAUGCUGGUCUCCUGGAGCAACCACUUCCCCCGAAAUGUGCCCCAUUCGUGCUACUGAGGAAUAUCGCAAGUUAUGUGUAGUGGGUACUCUGCCUCUGAGACCUGAUAUCUCAGUCCCUGGCAUCCCCAGCAUUCCUGGCCCUGGCGUUCCUCCUGUGGUCUUCCCACCUGACAUCUAUCCUCCACCAGUACAUCCGCCAGAUUUUCCAGUCCCAUCUUAUAGACCACCAGGUGUUUUACCAGUUAAUGUCACUCCACCUCGGGUGAACUUCUGCCAGCUAUAUCAAAACCUCUGCAUUAAUGGACGCUGUAUCCCAACUCCUGGAAGCUAUCGUUGUGAAUGUAAAAAAGGAUUUGAACUGGAUCUUAGAGGGGAAUGCAUUGAUGUCGAUGAGUGUGAAAAAAAUCCCUGUAUUGGUGGAGACUGUGUAAACACGCAAGGUUCUUUCAUUUGUCAGUGUCGUCCUGGCUACCAGAGUACCCUGAUGAGAACAGAAUGUCGAGAUAUUGAUGAAUGCUUACAAAAUGGCCGUAUAUGCAACAAUGGGCGGUGCAUAAACACAGAUGGCAGCUUCCACUGUGUUUGCAAUGCUGGUUUCCAUGUGACAGCUGAUGGGAAAAACUGCGAAGAUAUGGAUGAAUGUAGCAUACGGAAUAUGUGUCUUAAUGGCAUGUGCAUCAAUGAAGAUGGAAGCUUCAAAUGCAUUUGCAAACCUGGUUUCCAGUUAGCAUCAGAUGGCCGUUAUUGCAGAGACAUCGAUGAGUGCGAGACACCUGGGAUAUGCAUGAAUGGCCGCUGCGUGAACACUGAGGGUUCCUUCAGAUGCGAGUGUUUCCCUGGCCUUGCUGUGGGCCUGGAUGGACGCGUUUGUGUUGAUACACAUAUGCGAAGCACAUGCUACGGUGAAUACAGGAGAGGCCAAUGUGUUAAACCGUUAUCUGGAGCAGUUACUAAAUCAGAAUGUUGCUGUGCCAGCACUGACUUCGCAUUUGGAGAACCCUGCCAGCCCUGUCCUCCACAGUCCUCAGAUGAGUAUCAUGGUCUUUGUAGUAGCGGCCCCGGCAUGACAGCACAGGGAAAUGAUAUCAAUGAGUGCGCACUGGAUCCUGACAUUUGUCCAAACGGGCAGUGUGAAAAUCUUCGUGGAACAUAUAAAUGCAUCUGUAACGCUGGAUACGAGGUGGAUACAACCGGCAAAGCCUGCAUUGACAUUGACGAAUGCGCCCUGAACACACUGCUUUGUGAUAAUGGACAAUGUAGAAAUACUCCUGGAAGUUUCAGUUGCACCUGCCCGAAGGGAUUUGUGUUCAAGCCUGAUCUACAAACAUGUGAAGAUAUUGACGAGUGUGAAUCCAGCCCAUGUGUCAAUGGAGUGUGCAGGAAUACUGCUGGGUCAUUUGUCUGUGAAUGUUCCCCUGAAAGUUCUUUGGAUGCAACAAAAACCGUCUGCAUUGAGACUGUUAAAGGCACUUGCUGGAAGACCAUUGUGAAUGGAAGAUGUGAAAUAAACAUCAACGGGGCCACGUUAAAAUCCCAGUGCUGUUCCUCCCUUGGCGCUGCUUGGGGUAGUCCCUGUGUCCCUUGUGAACGAGACCCAAUAUGUUUAAAGGGAUACUCAAGGAUUAGAGGGACCCUGUGUGAAGAUGUCAACGAGUGUGAAGUGUUCCCUGGAGUGUGCACCAACGGAAUUUGUAUGAAUACCCUGGGAUCCUUUGUUUGCCAGUGCCCCAAUGGAAUGACUUUGGAUUCAACUGGGCGGAGAUGUUUUGAUAUCCGCUUAGAGACGUGCUACCUGACCCAUGAAGAUGAAGACUGCACGUCGCCGAUAGGGGGGCGGCACCGGAUGGAUGCGUGCUGCUGUUCGGUUGGAGCGGCCUGGGGCCCUGACUGUGACGAAUGCCCUGCCAAGGCGACAACUGACUACGAAGCCCUUUGCCCCAGAGGACCUGGGUUUUCAUCACGAGGAGAGAUUAUCAAUGGCAAGCCCUUCUUCAAAGAUAUCAAUGAAUGUAAAAUGAUUCCAAGGCUUUGCACUCAUGGGAAAUGCAGAAACACCAUUGGCAGUUUCCGAUGUAAAUGCGACAGCGGGUUUGCGCUUGAUUCAGAAGAGAGGAACUGCACAGAUAUUGAUGAGUGUCGCAUCUCUCCUGAUCUGUGUGGCCAAGGGCUCUGCGUCAACACCCCUGGAGACUUCCACUGCGAAUGUUUUGAGGGCUAUGAGAGUGGAUUCAUGAUGAUGAAGAACUGCAUGGACAUCGACGAAUGUGAAAGAAACCCUCUGUUGUGCCGAGGUGGUGUUUGCAUCAACACGGAAGGAAGCUUCAAAUGCGAAUGUCCUCCUGGUCAUCAAAUAUCCCCAAACAUCUCUGCCUGUAUAGAUAUUAAUGAGUGUGAGCUGAGCAUAAAUCUGUGUAGAAAUGGGCGUUGCGUUAACCUCAUUGGGAAGUACCAGUGUGCCUGCAACCCUGGAUAUCAGUCUUCGCCUGACAAACUGUCCUGUGUUGACAUUGAUGAAUGUGACAUAAUAAAUGGCGGCUGCGACACCUUCUGUACGAAUUCGGAAGGAAGCUAUGAGUGCAGCUGCAGGCCGGGAUUUGCACUGAUGCCAGACCACAGAACUUGCACCGAUAUUGAUGAGUGUGAAGACAAUCCUAACAUCUGCGAUGGAGGCCAGUGCACUAACAUACCUGGAGAAUACAGGUGCCUUUGUUAUGAUGGUUUUAUGACAUCUGAGGACAUGAAGACUUGUAUAGAUGUUAAUGAAUGUGACCUGAACCCGAACAUUUGUUUGAGCGGAAGCUGCGAGAACACGAAAGGCUCAUUUAUCUGUCACUGCGAUUUGGGCUAUUCUGGCAAAAAAGGAACAACCGGCUGCACAGAUAUCAACGAAUGUGAAAUUGGAGCCCAUAAUUGUGACCGGCAUGCUAUAUGUACCAACACAGCUGGGAGUUUUAAAUGCAGCUGCGGCCCAGGUUGGCUUGGAGAUGGUAUCAAAUGUACAGAUCUGGAUGAAUGUUCCAAUGGCACGCACAAUUGCAGUCCACAUGCUGAUUGCAAGAACACCCUGGGAUCGUUCCGUUGCCUGUGUAAAGAAGGAUAUACUGGAGAUGGAUUCACUUGUACAGAUCUUGAUGAAUGCUCAGAAAACCCAAAUCUCUGUGAAAAUGGGCAGUGCCUCAAUGCCCCAGGAGGCUAUCGCUGUGAAUGUGAUAUGGGAUUUUUGCCAAGCCCAGAUGCAAAAGCGUGUGAAGAUAUUGAUGAAUGUGCCCUUCCGGAUGUGUGCGUCUAUGGAACAUGUCACAACCUUCCAGGCCUGUUUCGAUGUCAGUGUGAGACAGGAUAUGAAUUGGACAGAACUGGUGGUAACUGCACAGAUAUCAAUGAAUGUCAAGACCCCACCACCUGCAUCAGUGGCACUUGCAUCAAUACCGCAGGCAGUUACGACUGCGAAUGUCCCCCAGAUUUUGAACUGAAUCCCACUCGUGUUGGAUGUGUUGAUACCCGCUCUGGCUACUGUUACCUGGAAAUUAAACCUCGAGGAGACAAUGGGGGCACAGCUUGCAGCAAUGAAAUCGGGGUCGGAGUGUCCAAAGCUUCUUGCUGCUGUUCCCUUGGUAAAGCUUGGGGAAUUCCCUGUGAACACUGCCCAGCUGUGAACUCAACUGAAUACAAGCAGCUGUGCCCUGGUGGAGAAGGAUUCCGACCCAAUCCUAUUACAGUUAUUUUGGAAGAUAUCGACGAAUGUCAAGAGCUACCUGGCCUUUGCCAAGGAGGAAGAUGCAUCAAUACAUUUGGCAGCUUUCAGUGUCAGUGUGAACCUGGAUCCUACUUGAAUGAAGAGACUCGAGUGUGUGAUGAUAUUGACGAGUGUGCCACACCUGGCAUCUGUGGGCCUGGCACUUGCUACAACACCAUUGGCAAUUAUACCUGCAUUUGUCCUCCUGACUACUUGCAGGUCAAUGGUGGGAACAACUGUAUGGAUAUGAGGAGGAGUAUUUGCUACAGAAAUUAUUACGCUGACAAUCAAACCUGCGAUGGAGAGCUGCUUUUUAACAUGACCAAAAAAAUGUGCUGCUGUUCCUACAACAUUGGACGAGCCUGGAAUAGACCGUGUGAACAAUGCCCCAUCCCAAGCACUGAUGAGUUUUCAACACUCUGUGGAAGUCAAAGGCCUGGCUUUUUCAUUGACAUCUACACAGGGUUACCCGUUGAUAUUGAUGAAUGCCGUGAGAUCCCAGGUGUGUGUGAGAACGGUGUCUGCAUAAAUCUGGUCGGCAGUUUCCGAUGCGAGUGCCCAGGAGGAUUCUUUUACAAUGACAAACUGCUCAUCUGUGAAGAUAUCGAUGAAUGCCAAAAUGGACAAAUCUGUCAACAAAACGCAGACUGUAUUAACACAGCUGGAAGCUACCGCUGUGAUUGCAAACCUGGUUAUCGGUUCACACCCGUAGGCAGAUGUGUGGAUCGUAAUGAGUGUCAAGAAGUACCAAACAUUUGUAGCCACGGUGAAUGCUUUGACUUAGAUGGAGGUUAUUACUGCCGUUGCGACACUGGAUUCACAACAAAUGAAGACAAAACUAUGUGUCUGGAUAUUAAUGAAUGUGAACGAGAUCCCUGCGGAAACGGCACUUGUAGGAAUACCGUCGGCUCAUUCAACUGCCGCUGCAAUAUAGGAUUCAUCCUUUCGCACAACAAUGACUGCAUAGAUGUUGAUGAGUGUGCCAGUGGAAAUGGCAUGCUGUGCAGAAAUGGGCAGUGCAUUAACACCGUUGGGUCUUUCCAGUGUCUCUGCAAUGAGGGUUAUGAGAUGCCUCCAGGUGGAAGGAUCUGUAUGGAUAUCAAUGAAUGUGCGUUGGAUCCUGGGAAAUGUGCACCUGGUACAUGUCAAAAUCUGGAUGGCUCCUAUAGAUGCAUCUGUCCCCCAGGAUAUGUCCUUCAGAAUGACAAGUGUGAAGAUAUUGAUGAGUGUGUGGAAGAACCGGAGACAUGUGCAUUGGGUACCUGCAGCAAUACCCCGGGCAGUUUCACUUGCCUGUGUCCUGAGGGCUUUAUUGUGUCCUCUUCUGGAAGAAGAUGUCAGGAUCUGAGAGUGAGCUACUGCUUUACCAAAUUUGAAGAUGGGAAAUGUUCAGUUCCCAAAUCUAGAAACCAUUCUAAGCAAGAGUGCUGCUGCAAUAUGCGUGGUGAAGGAUGUGAUCCAUGUGAAUUGUGCCCACAAGAAGGACAAGAAGCUUAUCAGCAAAUCUGCCCGUUUGGAUCUGGCAUUCUGGUUGGACCCCUUGGUGAACCAAUUGAUGCGGAUGAGUGUCAGGAUCCAGAAAACUGUAAAAACGGGCAGUGUAUCAACACUGAUGGCUCCUACCGCUGUGAGUGCCCAUUUGGAUACAUCCUUCAGGGACAGGAAUGCAUAGACACCGAUGAAUGCUCUGUAGGAAACCCGUGUGGAAAUGGAACUUGUAAGAAUAUUAUCGGAGGCUUUGAAUGUACCUGCGAGGAAGGGUUUGAACCAGGACCCAUGAUGACCUGUGAAGAUGUCAACGAGUGUGCUCAGAAUCCUCUCCUUUGUGCCUUCCGAUGUGUGAACACAUUUGGGUCCUAUGAAUGCAAGUGUCCCGCCGGCUAUGUCCUCAGAGAAGACAAGAGAAUGUGCAAAGAUCAGAAUGAGUGCGAAGAAGGACUUCAUGACUGUGAUUCAAAGCAAAUGGAGUGCAAAAAUCUGAUCGGCACCUACAUGUGCAUAUGUGGGCCUGGGUAUCAGCGUAGACCAGAUGGCGAAGGUUGCAUUGAUGAGAAUGAAUGUCAAAGCAAACCCGGGAUCUGUGAAAAUGGACGCUGCGUAAAUACAGUUGGAAGCUUCCAGUGCGAAUGUCAUGAUGGUUUCAAUGAAAACGAAGCUAAGAAUGAAUGCAUAGACAACCGAGAAGGCUACUGCUUCACCGAAGUCCUACAAAACAUGUGUCAGAUCGGAUCCAGCAACAACAACCCUGUGACCAAAUCGGAGUGUUGUUGUGAUGGCGGGCGAGGAUGGGGACCCAACUGUGAGCUCUGCCCCUUCCAGGGCACCGUUGCUUUUAAGAAGCUUUGCCCUCUUGGCCGCGGAUUCACGACCAGCGGAGCAGAUAUUGAUGAGUGCAGGGUCAUUCAUGAUGUUUGCCAGAACGGAGAGUGCAUCAAUGAGAGAGGAUCGUACCGCUGCAAUUGCAAAGAGGGCUACACGACAGAUAUAACAGGCACACUCUGCAUAGAUCUGAAUGAGUGCGCCCAGUCUCCAAAGCCUUGCAAUUUCAUCUGCAAAAACACAGAGGGAAGUUACCAGUGCUCGUGUCCAAAGGGUUACAUCCUGCAGGAAGAUGGAAGAAGCUGCAAAGAUCUUGACGAAUGUGCAACUAAACAACACAACUGCCAGUUCCUUUGUGUCAACACCAUUGGGGGCUUCAGUUGCAAAUGUCCCCCUGGAUUUACUCAGCAUCAUUCAGCUUGUAUAGAUAACAACGAGUGCGCCUCUGACAUCAACAUUUGCGGAUCCAAGGGCAUUUGCCAAAACACACCUGGAAGCUUCACUUGUGAAUGCCAGCGUGGCUUUGCACUUGACCAGACUGGUUCCAGUUGUGAAGAUGUUGACGAGUGUGAUGGAAAUCAUCGGUGCCAGCAUGGUUGCCAGAAUAUAAUGGGGGGAUACAGGUGUAGCUGCCCACAAGGAUACCUCCAGCAUUACCAGUGGAACCAGUGUGUUGAUGAAAAUGAGUGCCUCAGCGCCCAUGUCUGCGGUGGAGCCUCUUGCCACAACACUUUGGGAAGCUACAAAUGCAUGUGCCCUACCGGAUAUCAGUUCGAGCAGUUCAGUGGGGCAUGCCAAGAUAUCAAUGAAUGUGGCUCCUCACAGGCUCCGUGCAGUUAUGGUUGCUCAAACACAGAAGGCGGUUAUGUUUGUGGCUGCCCACCUGGCUACUUCAGGAUAGGUCAAGGACAUUGUGUUGCUGGAAUGGGGCUAGGUAGAGGUCAUGGCCAGGAUCUAUCAGUGAGUGGCGAAGUAGAUGACAAUUCACUUUCUCCGGAAGCGUGCUAUGAUUGUAAAAUCAACGGCUACCCUAAACGGGGAAGGAAGCGGAGAAGUGCUAAUGAAACAGAUGCACUUGAUGGAGAGGAUCAACCUGAGACGGAGGCAGCGGUGAACCUCGCCAGCUGGGAUAUUGAAAAACCAGCCACCUUGGUUUUCAACAUCUCUGAUCUUAACAACAAAGACCGCCUCUUGAAACUGAUCCCAGCUCUCACAACACUGACAAACCACAACCGAUAUUUAAUAGACUAUGGGAACGAAGACGGUUUCUUUAGAAUAAACCAGAAAGAAGGGAUAAGCUUCCUUCACUUAACGAAGAAGAAACCAGCGCCGGGAGCCUACUUGUUACAGAUUAGUAGCAUCCCGCUUUAUAAAAAGAAGGAACUCAACCAGCUUGAAGAUAAACAUGACAAAGACUACCUCACUGGUGAGCUAGGAGACAACCUAAAAAUGAAAAUUGAAAUUUUGCUUCACUAAUUCACCAACCAGAGACCAAAUAAUCGAAACCAAAGAUAGUUAGGCAAGACUUGAAUGUUGUCCCCCUCCCCUAACAAUAAGGUUCUCCAUAUCACAGGUACAGUAUCUUGUGAAUACAUUUGAAAUCAAGUGAGCACUAGUCCAUUUUUGACAUUACCAAGGUACAGGAAGAAAACUUCUUGCUCACAACAACCACUUUCUCAGGCUUCUUGUAAGCGUAGCUGCCUUGAUAUGCUGAAUCUGAAAAAAUCCUGGACUAUUGGAAGUUUGGCCAUUGAUGCCAAGACAAUAUCCAAUCAGCCAUGACAACAAGGGUGCACAUUCCGUUAAUGGACUGUUCUAUUUGUGUGUCUGGGUGUGUAUGUUUGUGUGUAUGUUAUUUCUAAAAACAAAAAAAUCUUAAAAUUUGCUUCUCCAGCUACAUUUUUCUAGGUCAAGCCAUUUUUUAUGAUAUCUGUUUUUGGUGCUAGAAAAUUUCCAACCUAGAUUUUUAUAAAUGCACUGUAAUAUAUACACAACUUAGGAAGCCAAAGAAAUUGCAAUUACUCCAUCUAAAUACAUCAAAUCAACCAAAGUUUUAGCUCAGUAGUUUAUCUCAGUUAUACCUAUAAUACAGUACAUGUAAAUUAAGUGUGUGUAUACUGUAAUCACGCUAUUUUUUAUCAAUGAAGCAUUUUUAAACUAGAUUAAUAACACCCUUCAAGGGAGGGUUUAUAAUGGUGCUUAUAAGACCAACUACUUAAACCGUAUACACAAAAUCUGGCGACUGAAAUUUCUGUGACAACCAAACUGCACUGAGGUCACUGGGGGACCAUUAAACAUUCUCAGAACUCGCGUGAUGCAGUGCCAUCCACAGUUACGCCACAUCGUGAUGUUACACUUGUCAGAAGUACCUUCCAUCAUUCAUAUCAUCAUGGGUUCAAUGUCAAAUGUCACAAUAAAACAAGUUUGUUUUUU